CAAGAGUUAUUGUGCAGAUCGAAUUCUUUUUAAGAAAGUUUUUAGAGGGGAAAUGGAAUGGACGGAGAAUUCAUUUCGCAACUCAAAUUCCUGUAGAAUUCUCGCUAUUUAGCUUUUUACCUCAAUCAACCUAUCCUCUAUUAGCCCAUAAAACUUUCGCACCCACGUAUGUACGCGCGCUGUUACGUCACCGUUGCCGCACACGCGCAUGCGUGAGAAAAGUGCGAAGGACGCAUCUGGAACAACUGACAACCGCGUUGCUGUUCGAACCGGUCGCAGCUUUGAUCAACGAGGACGAGCUGAUAUUCCGUGAUGACAAUUGUAGAGGAAGUCAUGGCGGAGCGUUCGCAUUUUCGACUCAAGGUGAACCUGUCCAAGUUCUUUCACGAUGCGCGCCAAUUCUGCUGGAUCUUCGUCGACGGAACGAAGAUCCAGCAGGUUAUCCACAUGAAGCAGCACAUCAGCAACUUAUUCAACAUCACAGAGCCGUUCCAUUUGAUGCUGAACGACACCGAGUAUCUGCCGCCGAUAGAAGAUGUGCGUAUACUUAAGGAGAACGAGACGAUCCUGGUAGUUCCUGGAUCGGGCAUAAAUAAUAAAGUUCCUGAUAGUACGGAAACGAGCAAUGAUUCUGUAUGUGAUGUGCAGGUCCAUGCGACAGAUGUUAAAACAGAAAUAGUUGCACAGAAUACGUCUAUUCUGAAUAAUACACAAGCAACUUCACUAAGUAAUGUCACGAGAGAUAUGACGUUCUACAGUAUGAUUAGUGAUACAGCGGAGGAGCGUAGCGAAGGAGAUACAAAUUCUAAAAUUACGGAUGACAAUUUUACAGAGAGUAACGUAACAGAUUCUAUUAUACCGAGUGCAAAAAGGAAAAGAGUGCGGAAACGAAAGUCAAAAAGUCAACCUCGGCUCAUUCUAUCACCUUUUAAUACAACUGAAAAAAACGCUUCAAAUGAAUUAAAAUCGAAGAAACUAAAAAUAACAAGUUCCUAUACUCUUCCGCCUGAGAAACAUAUACGAUUUGUCAAUACAGAAGAUGAUGAAGAUAACAUUGCAAAACAAAUAGUGCAAGAAGUAUCCAAAGACUCGCAUUCAAGUAAUGUGUCACCUUCCAAGGAUCUUUCUACACUUCUAGCAUUAGGACAAAGCUCAACGCCAAUAACGUUUGUCAACAAAAAAUUGAAAAGCUCAAUUGCAACAGAAAAUGUAUCAAGUGAUGAAGUCACAAACACAGAUUCAAUUAAAAAGGCAGAGAAUGUAAUUACAAAUAUAUGUAGGAUGGAAGGAUUGAAGAUUACGGAAAGAUAUAAGAGUUUGUGUGCUGAGCUGGAGAAGAUUCCAGCCAUGACGAGAAAGCCUCAAAUUAAAGACUUUAUUGCCUUCAAAACUUUGAAGCUCGGCGCGAAUUAUACGCCUCAGAUGUCCAGUUUUAUUUUUACCGAAGUAAUAGACUAUUCUGCGGAGUCGGGAAAUUAUAAUCUUCGUAUAUUCUUUGGUAGAGAAGAAAUCGCCAAGGAAGUGCCAUCCGGAAAGUUCUCCGUCACGCAAGAGGAGUCAUUUAUUGGAGAUACAUUUGUAAUUAAUUACUCACAAAUGAUGGAACUGCGUCUAAUUUCAUAAUCUUUCUUUUUUUUUAUGCGCACUUAUUUCUACAUUUAACUUCAUUUUAUUCAAGACAACUAUAUUAAUUUUAUGUUCUUUUUAAUUUUCAUUUACAUAAUUUUCUGUUCGUAUGCGUUCGAAUUUAUUAUAACGCUGUAAUCAGUUUUGUUUUUCUUUAACAGUUUUAUAUCGAUACAAUCUAAUUUUACAUUAAUACGAAAAAUUUGUGAUGCCAAAUAUGUUUAAGUUAGCUAGUUACAUAUUGGUUUACUAAUACUUGUUUAUGUUUAGAUAAAAUAACGAUUCAUUUCGUUUUUCUUAUAGUUUACUCAUAGUUUCUUACUGUGUAUCUCAAGAAAGAUUAAUAUUAAUGAAAAUAUCAAAUGAACGUUAUCGAAUCUAUUUAUCACGAAGGAUGUAAAUGAUGUUUAUAUGUAAAAAAAUUUCGUUUAAGUUCAACAUUACGUGUAAUUUACAAAGUAUAAGUGCUUACCAAAUUACCAUUGUCAAAUGUCCUGUAAGAUAUCUUUAUACCCGGUAUAUUUUAAUUUUCUAAUAAAUAAUUAUAAAUUUAAGAA